AUGGGAAAAGUUCAUGGAUCUCUUGCACGUGCAGGAAAAGUAAAAUCACAAACACCUAAAGUGGAGAAACAAGAAAAGCCUAAAUGUCCAUGUGGACGAGCACAUAAACGACUUCAAUAUAAUCGUCGAUUUAUUAAUAUGGUAUCAAUAAGUUUAGGAGGGAAACGAAAGAUGAAUCCUGCACCAGUUUCGUGA